AUGAAGCUCUCUACUUUGAAGGCUGCCGUGGGCUCGGCUUUGCUCCUGCUCUCUGCCCAACCCGCUGAAGCGCAUGAUGGCUCUCACCGCCACCUUCACAAGCUGAACUCCGGUCUGGGCCCUAACGAGGAGAUCGAGACGCUCGCUGAGAGGGAUGUCAUCAAAAGGACUUCUGAUGGCAAGGCCAUUUGCAGUCUGCCCAGCGAUGGCGAUCUGGUCCAUGUUCCCGGUGCCAUGAACAAUGGCUUCGCCAUGAGUCCCGAUCAGCCCUGUGUUGAAGGCAGCUACUGCCCGAUUGCCUGCGUCCCCGGUAAAGUCAUGGCGCAAUGGCAGCCCGGUUCGACCUACACGUAUCCGGCGUCCAUGAACGGAGGCCUCUUGUGUGGUUCUGACGGUCAGGCUGUAAAGCCCAUUAAGAACGCUCCCUACUGUGUUCUUGGAGCAGGUACUGUUGAGGUUUACAACGAAUGCGGCAAAACCAUAUCGUUCUGCCAGACUGUUCUGCCGGGCAACGAGGCCAUGCUCAUUCCCAGCGUCAUUGACAAGUCCAUUACUCUUUCUGUUCCCGACCCUAGUUACUGGUGCGGCACCAGUGCUCACUACUACAUCAACCCGCCCGGUGUUACGGAUGAGGGUUGUAUCUGGGGCGACUCUUCCAAGCCGGUUGGUAACUGGGCACCCUACGUCGCAGGAAUGAACCAGGACGCCCAGGGACGGACUUUCGUCACUCUUGGUUACAACCCCAUCUGGGAGGGUUCCGCUCUCAGCAAAACGAAGCCUACCUAUGGUGUCAGGAUCGAGUGCCCUGGUGGCGGCUGCAACGGCACUCCGUGCUCCAUUGACCCCUCCACCAAUGCUUUUGGCGAGGUGACCAGCAAUCUCGCCGGUACCGGUGCCGGCAAUGCCAAGUACUGCGUCGUCACUGUUCCUAAGGGAGGGAAGGCUCGCAUCAUCGUCUUUCUUGUCGAUGGAUCCGGUGGAAGCGACUCUGAUGACGACAAGAAGGAUACCAAGGUUCAAAUCAUGGCCGUCAACUCUUCGCCUGCUCCAUCGCCUACUCCCACUCCCACUCCAACUCCUACUCCCACCCCUACUCCUACCCCGACUCCGACGCCGACGCCCUCCCCGUCUUCUCCUGCGCCUUCCUCCAAGGCUGUUAAAAGCUCCGGCUCCAGCUCCAGCUCCGGCUCCGGCUCCAGUUCCGAGGCCUCCAGCGCAGCCACCUCCGCUUCCUCAACAACGUCUACUGCUCCCACUGUCAUCCCUGGUAUGUUCCACGAGAACGAUAACUCAACAACUACGUCCUCCGACUCCGAUGCCACGACUUCCAAGUCCGCUACCGCCACAGAAACGGAGGAAUCGGCCCCUGCAACAACUUCGAAGCAGAAUGAAGGCGCCAAGCAAGGCGGAGGAGCCAUUGCCGGCCUCGUCGUCGCCUUUGUCGCUGCCACUUUCCUUUACUAA